UUUUGGGCUGAUUGCGAGUCGCCGCCCACCGACUCGUAUUAUACAAUUCUCACUCACUUGUUGUAGAGUAGCACAAAGCUGCCGACUUGAAGCUCGGCUCCCUCGCCUCCUCCGGCUUCCGUCGGUGCCAUUUUUUGGAUUGGAACCGAUGUGAAAUCGAGGAGUAAGCGAGAGAGAAGGGGAUGGAAGCAAGGAUGAGAAGGUACGCGCCGCGAAGUAGCCCGGAGAGAACCAAAGUUUGGACCGAGCCGCCGGCGAAGCACCAACUGCAGCAGCAAGGGAAGAGGGUUCCGGUAGUGUACUACCUUUGUAGGAAUCGCCACCUCGAGCACCCGCACUUCGUCGAGGUCCCCCUGUCUUCCCCCGACGGACUCUUCCUCAGAGAUGUGAUCGAUAAGCUCAAUGCGCAGCGAGGGAAGAGGAUGGCUGCCAUGUAUUCGUGGUCUUGCAAGAGGAGCUACAAGAAUGGAUUUGUGUGGCACGACCUUUCGGAAGACGAUCUGAUCCUGCCGGCGCACGGCAAUGAGUAUGUUCUCAAGGGGUCGGAGAUCUUGGAUCAAACACCGCCAGAUCGGAGAGAUCGUGAUUCAAGCAAUGCGAAGAUCCAGAAUAUGAAGAACAACUCUGUACAAGAACCACCAAUAAGCUGUAAAAACCAAGAAGCUUCCUUUUUGCCUUCUUCGGCUGAGGUUCUUAUCAAGGUGGCAAAGCUUCCCUCUCCAUUGCUGAUCCAACCGCCUCCCCCUCCGCAAGAAGAUGAUCCAUCAUCCUCUAUUCAUGUUUCGCCUGAACCUGGUAGGAGAACUUCCCUAUUGCACGAAAUCAGCUCCCCGAAGCCAGCAGAGCUCAGGAUCCAAAAGCCCUUUGUGUCUCAGGAUGCUUCAACUCAAACUGAAGACCGAGGAGGGAGGAGGAACGGAUUGAAUACCAGGAUAAUGGGUGUCUCAACUGAUGAUAAGCCUCUGGAAGUUCGAUACAAUAGGAGACAGAGUGAGCUGACCAUGCGUUCGAAUGAGGAAUCUGAGAUUGUUAAAGAAGAGAGUUUGCCAUCAAGCACUGUUUCUUCUUCUGCAAAGACAAAUACACUUGAAUCUUUGAUAAGAGAAGAAGUAAGCUUAAGGAACAACUAUAAGAAUGGGGAGGCAGAAGAAGUUUUCCUCUCAACCGGUUCAAAAUUUCGAGCAACAAACAUGCUAAUGCAUAUGUUUACUUGUGGGUCAAUCUCUGUUAAAGACCACUAUGGCAUUGGCUUUGCGGCGGACUAUAAGCCAAGGCUCUCUGAUGCAAAGUUCACCUCUCCUAUGCCUUCUACUUCAGUGGCUCUGCAGGAAAUCAGUUUUUUACCGGAGAGUCAAAGAGCAAUCGUCCCAAGACUGAACAAGAAGCAGCAUUUCAGUGGAAGCAUGAUUGAAACAAACAAGUUCAAAGAGAGGCGACUGGAAGGAGUUCCUAAGUUGAAGCGAUCAUCUUCCUUCAAUGAGGAUAGGAGCUACGAUAUGCCUUGUUCAACAAUGGAGAGCGAAAAGAUUGGGGAUUCAUCUCAACCGAAGUAUCCCUCCAGGGCUUCCAAAAACAUAUCCAACAUGAGCUCCAUGUUUGAUGAUAAUGCAACAAAGAUAUCCCCCGUUUCAGAUGCAAGAAAGUCCUCUGCAUGGAUGGACAUUCCUAGGUCUUCACCUCUCCGUUCGUCAACUGAUGGAAGUAAAAGAUCAAGAGAGUGUGACCCAGAUAAGGGCUCAUCCAUUGGGUUAAAAUCUUUCCAAGAAUUCAAAGAGAAGGUGAUCAGGAUCGAAGAAAGGCUUACUUCUGGAGCUAGGGUUAUAAUAGUAUCUAGAUCUGAUGAUAAUGAAGAUUUGUGACUUCUGAAUUCCAACAAAUAUAUGCAUUAUCUCUCUCAGUUCGCAAUCGUGGAGCAUUCAAGUUCUUGAAGGCUUUACAACACCUGUCGCUGGAAGUUAGUUAGCAGUGGACAUUUUGAAGGCAGCUGAAGACAGAUAAUUUGUCUUUAAUUUUUUUUUAAAAAAAUAUUUACGAUGCUAUUUCCUGUAAUUUUGAACUCAAUUUUGGUUGUCCGUUAAGGCCUAAAUCCCAUAUUUAUUUGUACAAGCAAAUAAUUGUACAACAAAUAUAAUUAUUCCAUUAGUUAAUUAUUGUUCUAAAUUUCCAAAUAUUAGCAAAGGUUUAUAAAGAAGAUUUAUCUUUCAUCUAUCAA